AUGAAAAUGAAACCUCCAUUUUCCAUCCCUUCAAUUCCCCUGCAUUUUCUUCUGCACAAUUCUUGAGAAAUCAUGGCCGUCGAAAUCGAAGUGAUCUCCAAAGAGAUGAUCAAACCGUUUUCCCCGACGCCGGCGCACCUCCGCCGCUGCAAUAUGUCGUUUCUCGACCAAGUAACCACCGACGUGUACAACCCAAUGGUGUAUUUCUACGCCCCCACCGCCGAUUUCGACGCCGCCAAAAUCGCCGACCACCUGAAGAAUUCCCUCUCCCACGUGCUGACCGAGUUCUACCCUCUCGCCGGCCGAGUCAACUACGGCGAGUUUUUCAUCGACUGCGACGACGGUGGCGUCCCCUUCAUCGAAACCAGAGUCAAUUGCCGGCUCUCUGAUGUGGUCGGAACGCCAUUUCCGGGCGAAUUGAACAAAUUCCUUCCCUUCGAAUUGGACCAGCUGGAGGAAGUUUCGAUGGGGGUUCAAUUGAACGUGUUCGAAUGCGGCGGCGUUGGCGUGGGAAUUUGCGUUUCCCAUAAGAUUGGUGAUGCUCUGUCGUUUUUCACCGUGGUGAAUGGGUGGGCGGCGUUCGGCCGGGGGGAAGUGGAGGCGCUGCGGGGGCAUUUUGCGUCGGGGGAGCUGUUCCCGCCGACGACGACGGCGCUCUACAACACGAGGAAUAGUAUUUUUAGAGAGAGAGUGGCGAAACGGUACGAGAUUAAUGGUGCGAAUAUUGAAGCCAUUAGAGCCAAAUAUGCGGAGAGCGACGCCUUUGAGAAUCAACGACGCCCUUCUAGAGUCGAGUCCUUGUCCGCCUUCCUCUACGGCCGUUUUAUUGCCGCCGUUAAAGAUGAGUGUAGCGACGAAAAUGGAAGGCUGGAAUCGGAGAAAACGACGACGUAUUUGGUGUGUCACGCAGUAAACAUACGGUCAAGACUGGAGCCACCAGUCCCGGAAUACGCAUUCGGAAACUACUACCGGAGCACAUUCGCAAUUCCCUCGCAAGAAAUUCUGGACGACCCCAACUGCUACGCCCUCGUGCCGCACGUGCGACAAGAGAUCGCCAAAAUCGACACCCACUAUCUGAAGCAGAUCCAGGACAACAGAAACUUCCUGGACGCCAUGAAGAAGACCUCGGCCCGGUUCGCGGCCGGUUCGCUGCUCUCCUGCUCCUUCACCAGCCUCUGCCGAAUGCCCAUCUACGACGCCGACUUCGGGUGGGGCAAGCCCGAGUGGGUCGGGUCCCCGGCCCUGAUAUUCAAGAACCUCUUCGUGCUCGUCGACAAGAAGGACGGGGACGGGGUUGACGUGUACGUUCAUCUCAAGAAGGAGCACAUGGCCAGGCUCGAGGCCGACCACCUCUUCCUCAACUACGCCAAACUGCCUUCUCCUUCUCCUUCUCCUAAUUGAAUUCCAUCGUUAAUUAAUUUUCUUCCAUUUCCUUUCCGAUGUUUUUUUUUUAAUAUAUAUAUAUUAUGUACGUGGUUUGAAUUUUGAUGAACUCUCAAAAUGCGGACACAUCAAGUAGCGUGUUCGUUUAAAUUAUAACGACGAUUCUUUCUUGUCAAUAGCAUUUUUACGUUGGAUUUUAAAUUAUUGGUCAAAAUUACCGGGCCGGACC